CUCUUUCCUCCAGCUGACACGACGAUGUUAUCGAUGCACCUUUGGCAGCUCCCUCGAGCAGGGCGACGGUAAGUUGUGAAAUGUCGAAGGUUCCGUUUUUCCCUCACGAAGAUAUCGCGCGCAGCUCUCUUGAUUAACUCUUUUGACGUUUUCGCCAACGAAACGAUGACAAUUUUCAAAUUUCGUUAGCGCUGCGCGCUGCGUUCUUCUUCUUUCAUGUCGGAUUAUCAGCUGCUACGGUUUCAGGAUAACGAUCAUCGCUUUGUUAAAAGCAGGCCCUUCUUGGCUCGUCGAGAAAAAAAAAAACGAAGUGUAACAUCUAUGUAAUAGCUGUGUGACUCUUAUCCGAGCCAACAUUCGACGAUUAUUCGAGAGGAGGACGGAGCGAUAGUUAAUUUCCCGAAGUAAACCCUCCGAAGCGGCUUCCCCCGAUAAUCAAAUGUACCGGCGAGUGUCGUUAACGCAGUUGCGGCACUCGCUGCAGCCGGCAAGGGUAAACGAGUACGCAGAACCGCUCGGUCGAGUGGUAGUCUGCGGUUGAUAAGGGGAUUCCAGGCGGUAAGUUCGAAAGCCUCCAUUGGCGGCUAUUUGGAGAGCGGUCUCUCUCAAGCGGAGCACUCACCUUCGAAUUUGCAGUCCGACGUGGAGCGGCAUCGGCGACGUUCGAUCCGAUCCGGGAAUAUGCCUCCGAGUCCGUGCUCGAAAAGCCGAGGCGAUUCGAUCGUGCGAAGCACGUCUACGCGGAAACAAUUCGCUCGCGAUUUUACCUCGCGGGGAGACCUCGUUUCACUGAUAUAAUGGCAAGUUUCUCCCGAAUCAUCGCAACGAGUUUCAUCAUUAUUAUGAAAUAACAUCGAAUAUACUAGUGUGUGAACAUCGGAGGAAGCGAUCGUGUGCUCCGGGAAUUUCGAAUCGGAGGCAGAGGAUAAAUCCGCGGGUUCAACUAUGCGAAGCUCGGGCUGCUGGUUACUGUUGGCCACGGUCGUGCUCUGCGCGUUUCACUUCUGGAAGACCGGCUCGAUCAGCCGCUGGAGCUCCAGCAUGCACGCCAAGGCGUUGAUCCACUUCGACCUGUCGAUCCCGUCGUCGGCGGCGCCGCGUCGACCCUUCUUCGACUCGGCGCGCCGCCGACAACGCCGUAACACCCUGUCGAAGUACAUGCUGCAGCUCUACCAUCGACGCCCGGAGACCGACAUCGUCCGGGCGAUUCGGCCGGUGCACAUCUCCGGCCCGCUCAGCGACGGCGGCAGGAUCCUGGAGUUCGCGAUCCCGUCGGUGAACGCCGGCCAAAGUCUCGAGACCGCGGAGUUGCUGGGGAUCGCCGGCGCGAUAGUCCGAGUGCGAUCGUUCCGAGACGCCACGGCGAGGAACGUUUCGGGGAUCCUGAGGUCGCGGAAGGACGACUCCUGGCGCGCCUUUAACGUCACCCCCGCCGUCGUCGGCAGGAGCGACGACACCGUCAAGCUCUACGUGCACGGCACGUUGACCUACCGUCCGUACGGCGACGGGCCGAUUCUCCUGUUGAACUACAGCAAGACCGACCGAGCCCGUCGCCAGCGGCGAUCCGUGCGGAUGGACCAGGAGCGGGAUCAGGAGGACGAGCGACGGGCGAAGGGCAGCGUCGCCCGGAGACGACGUCGGGACGUUUGCCGCCGGCGUCCGCUGUACGUCGACUUCGCCCUGAUCUCCUACGAUCGCUGGGUCAUCGCACCGCCUGGCUACGAGGCUUACCAGUGCACCGGCAAGUGUUUCCUCCCGUUCGCCGAUCAUCUCAACCCUACCAAGCACGCGAUCGUGCAGACACUGAUGCACGGGGCCCUUCAGAACCUUCAAGCCAACGGUGACUCGGACGCGAACAAGGUCGUCAGCAGAGCCUGCUGCGUACCGACCAGACUGGAGCCCACGAGCUUGCUCUAUCUGGACAACAGGGACGCGGUGACUUACGAGUACGACUACGAGGACAUGGUCGUCGUCGAGUGCGGUUGUCGUUGAAGUGGGAAAGGACGCGCGCUC